AUGGCUGAGAAUAAUAUUUUGCUGGCAUUUUCUAACCACCAAAGUCGAAUGCUCCCAAAACUAUUUCCAGAAACAAAGAUAGCACAAAAGUAUUCCGCUGCAGCUUCAAAGACCACAUGUAUCAUUAAUGGAGCAAAAGCACCACAUUUCUUAAGGGAGACGGUGAAUAUCAUGAAGUGUAGUCUAUUCUCCUUAUUAACUGAUGGCUCAAAUGAUACUGGCUUGGAAAAAAUGAAUCCUUUGACUGUAAAGAUUUUUGAUGUGAACCCUGGUAGAG